AUGCUUCUUCUGCUCUGCUUCGCAGCUCUCGCAGUUAACACAUUACAAUCAAAUCCUUAUCAAGAAUGUGCAAAGUUAUUUAACCCUAACAACUACAUAGACCGAUUGCCUUCGUUAUCGUUACCAUUUAUAAGCAAUAUUGCUAUUCCACCGGUAAAUGUGCCCGAUAUUAAACCAUCCAAAGUAAAAACAACAAAAGUGAUUAGUUUGGUGACAAAAUAUGUGUACAGAAAUCCAGUGUGCGUUAAAUACACAAGUAAAAAAUCCUGCAAACCAAUGGAAGCUAAAGAAAACACGAAAAAUAAUAUGGAUUAUUUAGUGACAAAAGAGUAUUUUGUUAAUGACCUUAAAUCUAAGUAUCUAAACCAAAACAUUCAAAGACAACAUAAGACAUUGCAGGAUUACCAGCAACUAAGGGAAAAUAAUUUUAAUGAUAUAGAUAUGUACGUUGCAAGCAGCGAGGAAUCAAAAACAUUCGGAAAAGCCCAUUCAACAACCCCAAAAUUAACCCAGGAAGAAAUUAACGAUAUGCUUAUUGAAGAUAGACUCGACCAAUUGGAAACAAUUUUACCCCAAUAUACACGCAAGAGAGUAUACCAAACAUCUACUAUAACAGUUACUAAAGUAAAAAGUAAUCAAAGGGCUACUGCUACAUUACUUGUCAAAAAUUGCAUGCCUCAAGGAUAUGAAGUUUGUCCUAGUAAAAAUAAAAGACGGAAAUCGAAAGUAGCAGAAUAUUCAGAUAACUCGGAAGAAAAACAUUUCUUUGGUUAA